CAGGAAUUGACUGAACCCCCACCCUCUAAUUUCAAUGGUUUACUUAUCUGGGUGGUUCUAAAAAUGGCAAGCCCUGUAAAAAGUUAUAUUAAUAUAAAGAGAAUGAACCAUAUUGUGGUGUGGUGGUGAAUUAGCCAAUGUACUAUAUUAUGGUGUGGUUUAUGAUUAUGGCCACGUAAAGCAAACACUUUGACCUGCAUUCAACUGAUAUGUGCCCAUGGUUUACAGCUAAGUUGCAGAGCAGGAAGAAAACCAUGCUGGUUAUUCCUUUCACACAGACACUCUCAUGACAACUGUCAUGUUUUCAACUUGCUGAAAAUCACACAUCACAUCACAUUGCCUCCUAAUCAUUUGUUAUUGUGCUUUAUGAAACAACUGUUUGUCUUGCAACUCUUCAGGUGAAAAAACUGAAGACCCUGGGGAUGAGGCCCCUACUUCUCACCGGGGCCUAUUCGAAUACUAGCCAGGUCUGGGGGACAGAAUGUGUGUUCCCCUAUGACCUCCCAGACCUGGCUAAGAACAUUAUUAAACAGAUUCAGUUUCUGUAUAGAAACCUGUUAGAGGGAUGGACUCCACCAGGAGAGGAACCAGCAAAAAAAAAAAAGAAAAAAAACAGACAGACAGAUGGGAGAGAGAGGGGCUGUGACAGGUGAGGAGGCAGCCGAGGAGAGUGCCGUGGAGGCAGAGGAAGUAGCCAUGGAUGCAGGGGAGCCAGAGGGGGCAGGAGAGCGAGAGGAGGCAGAGGAGAGAGAGGAGGCAGAAGAGAGAGAGGAGAGUGCCGUGGAGGCAGCCAUGGAGGCAGGAGAGGAAGGGGCUGCAACUGCCACGGUCCACCAGUUACUUAUUGUUGGCCAGAGACACAUGAAAUCAAGGAGUAGCAGAGGUCCAGGUAUUUUGGAGUCCUUGUCCAGCAUGUGGCAAAACCUGGCCCUCAUCUUGGGAACCCACAGGACAUGUGCAAUUUAGAACAUAGACACACAUGCACACACACACUUGACCACAACAGGAGCUGGUGGUUCCACCAUACACAGACACACAAACAUACACAUAUUAAUAAAUUCUAGAAGCUACA